AUGCCGCCAAACAGCGAUGUGAUCGAAUUAGGACCUAGUCCCGACACUACGGACGUGCUCUGCGAAACGGAUGCGGGGCCAAAAGGUACCGCCAGUGAUUUAAGCACUCUGAAGUCGACAGACGGGCGGAAGUUGGAGCUCGUGUGGAUCAACAUAAUUCUGUUUAUCUAUGUGCAUACGGCCUCUCUGUACGGGAUCUGGCUUAUGCUCACAACCACGAAGUGGCAAACGGACGUGUUUGCCGUGAUUCUUUUUAGUUUAGCUUCCCUGGGGAUUACGGCCGGUGCCCAUCGGCUGUGGGCGCAUCGCACUUAUAAGGCAAACGUGGCGGUGCGUCUGAUCUUACUGUUCUUCAACACCUUGGCCUUCCAGGACGCCGUGUAUUACUGGGCUCGCGACCAUCGGCUACACCACAAAUGCACGGAUACGGAUGCCGAUCCGUACAACUCGAAGCGAGGCUGGUGGUUCGCACACAUCGGUUGGCUGUGCUGCAAGAAACACCCCGACGUGACGGCGAAGGGCAAGUUGAUCGAUCUGUCCGAUCUGCAGCGGGACCCUCUAGUGAUGUUCCAGAAGAAGUACUACCUGAUCCUGAUGCCCAUCUUCUGCUUCAUCCUCCCCACGCUGGUGCCCGUAUACUUCUGGGGCGAGUCCCUCAGCGUUGCUUGGCAUGUGCCGGCGCUCACGCGCUGGUGUCUGAUGCUUAACGUCGUCUGGCUGCUCAAUAGCUCUGGCCACAUGCACGGCAAACGCCCCUACGACCGGUCCAUCAGCCCCACCAGUCUGGUCUUCCUUAUCUGGCUGCGCUACGGCGAGGGGUACCACAACUACCACCACGUCUUCCCGUGGGACUACAAAGGCGCCGAGAUGGGACGCUAUUCGCAAGACCUGCCCACCAUUUUAAUCAGGAUUUUUGCCCGUCUGGGUUGGGCGUACGAUCUAAAGAGCGUCUCCAUGGACAUGGUGCGGAAGCGCGUCCUGCGAACUGGCGAUGGCACCCAUCCUGUCUGGGGCUGGGGCGACAAGGAACAUCCACAGGAAGAUAUUGAUAGCACGACCAUUACCUAUAAGAAGAAAGUGAAGUAA